AUGGCAAAAAGAAUUGUUGAAGAACAAACGAAGACAGAUGAAUUUCAUGGCCGAUACAUUGAUGAUAUUUUCAUGACUUGGAAUAGAUUUGAAGAAGAAUUACGAAAAUUAAUAGAUGAUGCGAAUACAUGGCAUCCAAAUAUUAAAUUCGACUAUAAAAUUGGUAAUAGUCUUCCAUUUCUUGCAUAUAUGUCAAAGUUGAAACUUGAAUUCAAUUGA